AAUACCUAUCCCUUCAAAACCCCUUCCCUCUUUGUAAAAUUAUCUGAAAUUGUUAAUACAAUUGCUUUGAAGAGAUGGCAGCUUCAGCUAUCUCUGCUUCUUUAAGCUUCUCUUCUUCUUCUCUCAACAAAACCUCCGUUUCAUUUCUCUUGCCCAGAAACUCUGCCAGGUCUAUUAGAGCGUCUGCGUUGCCAAGUCCGUACGGUGAUUCUUCAACGACAGGAUUAUCAAGUAGAAGUAGUGGGUUGCCUCUAAAAUUCGACCAGAAGGAUCUUCGCGGUACUGAACAGAGUUAUGGUGCAAUAGUAGCCCAAAAGGGGAAUCCACCCAUAAUGCCAGCAGUAAUAACUCCUGGGGGUGCAAUGGACCUCUCAACCAUAUUAUUUAGGAAUCGUAUAGUCUUCAUCGGACAGCCAAUCACCUCACAGGUUGCUCAAAGAGUUAUAACUCAGCUUGUGACUCUGGCAACCAUUGAUGAGGAUUCUGAUAUUUUGCUGUAUUUGAACUGCCCUGGUGGAAGCACAUAUUCUGUGUUGGCAAUUUAUGAUUGCAUGUCUUGGAUAAAGCCGAAGGUUGGUACUGUCUGUUUUGGAGUAGCUGCAAGCCAAGGAGCACUUCUUCUUGCUGGUGGAGAAAAGGGGAUGCGCUAUGCUAUGCCAAAUGCACGUAUCAUGAUACAUCAGCCGCAAAGUGGAUGUGGGGGUCACGUGGAAGAUGUGAGGCGCCAAGUAAACGAAGCAGUUUUAUCUCGCCAUAAAAUUGACAGAAUGUAUGCUGCCUUUACUGGCCAACCUCUUGAGAAAGUGCAACAAUACACUGAGAGGGAUCGUUUCCUGUCUGUGGCUGAGUCUAUGGAGUUUGGCCUUAUUGAUGGCAUCCUGGAAACUGAAUACUGAAAGCGAAAUCGUAUGAGCUAAGUUUUUCAAUUCUAUUGGAAUUCGAUAGAGCAAUUUGUUGUCCUACUGAUCCCAUGAUAAAUGAA